AUGCCACCUGAACCAGGUUCGGCGUCAAAGGAUCCCUUUGUUGAUUCUUCGACUGGUGGCAAUCACACCGCAGAUGACCCUGAUAACCCGUCUCAGUCUCCAGUCUCUGAAGGUGUUGUGGAGAAUACAGCAGAAAACGCUGCAUUUACUGCAAAUCCAGACCAGGACAGCACAAUCUCAUUUGACUCUGCAAGUCCUGAGGCUCUCAGUCAAGACAAAAACAGCAAGAAACAUACACCUCGACAGGCAAGCCGUGGAACUCGUAUCCCUGCCCCGGCUUCCCCGUCUACUGGAGGAAACCAACAGAGAGGCACGCGAGUGACUUCUGAGCACCGUAGCUCAAUCCCCGUCGCGGUCCGAAAUGUUGGCACGGAGCAUCAGAACAUGCCUGAAGGUGGCUCCAUUGGACACGAGGCUGGUGAGACCCGUGCCACUGAAAGUACUCGCAGGCCUCAUGUGUCGCCUUUCCAACAUCAAAUCAAUACUCUGUGGGGGUUUAUACGAGAUGAAGACAUAGCAAACGAAGUUUCCCGCUACUCAUCCACAUCAUCCUCCAGUAGCGACUGGGAUGGUGAUCAGGAAGACGCGGACGAGCUUGAGAGGCCCACCGGUUACACUGGCGAUAAUCGUCGGCCAUUCGAGCGAUCUGCUCAAUGCUUCUACGGACCACGUCUGCAGAUCGCGGCGUCAGCGGAAAAUGUUAUCAUGGGCACCCCGAAGCUUUCUUCGAAAUUGUCUCCUGAUCUCAAAAGAGACGUCCCUCGUACUACUACACAGGGUAGCCCUCACAACGCACGCCUCGGUGAGCAGAGUUCGAGAUCGGUUGAAGGAGGUCAUGAAGCAAAGGCCAUCCCUGCGGGAACCCCUGAAGCUUCUCGGAACUUUUGUCGGCCACGGCCUUCUCUUGAGAACGUCUCCAGAAGGGACUUCAGUGGACGUGAGCUUUCUAUUCCACGAAAGCCUGUUGGUAGCCCAAGCUUGACCGAUCUCCACAAUCCCGGUUCGAAUGUACUUCCGUCUCAGUACGUGGUGCCUACUGUGCCCAAAAUUCCCCAUGAACAUAAUGCGUUCUUGAACAAGGACAAAACUUUGCCUGAACCGAAAGCCGCGAGGGUCAAGGGGGCAGCAGCCGCUGAUAGCCCGCAUCCUACCCGGACGUCCUCGCUACAGUCGGUUUCCGCUAGCCAAGGAGAGUCUGCCAUGACUACUCCUCGCACUCCUAAUAUACCACAUUCAGCCGGCGCAACAGAUUUGGAACGCACUGUGACUUUCGACGAUAUCGUGUUCGAAAACAAACAUAGCGCACAGCGCGGAAAAGGCAGAUUCCCCGACUCGAGGGGCAAUCGCAUGCUUGACAGCUUUCGCAACAUCUUCAAGCAUAAAAAUGCUGCUGAUAAAGCACGAAUGAAGAACCAAGAGAGCACCGACGCUGCGGUAGAAGAGUCUGCAGACCAGGCACAAAGCGGCGCAGUCGAUCGUGCUAGUAAGGAUGAUGGUAAAUUGGAAUCGGCAACGACCGCCUCUAACUCACGAAUUAAGUCCCCCAGACUGCCCGAACGAGCUGGUUGGGGCAAGGGUGCUCGCAGCAUUAGUGCGCCUAUCCAUGUCUCACCCGGAGCGUUCCCGACUGCUACUUCCUCAUUAUCUUCCAUCCCGGCCCCUUCGCCACGUGUUUACGAAGAAUACCAAACUCCCUCAUUUGCUAGGCCUACCAAGUCAACGCGUACUAGAGCGGCCACAAACCCUAGGUUGCAAACGCCUGUUGCUGCAGAUGGCCGCUCCCGGAGAACUUCAGCGAUGGCAGCUUCUACUGGAAGCCCGCAGCGCUCGACCCGCGUUUCUCGUCAUCUCAGAUCAGCGACUGGAUCCAAGAAGGCAUCACAGGCCAAAAAGGUCGCAGAAGAACAGGCAGCGAUCUCCGAGUCUCCAGGGGCUGCUUCUUCCCAGAUAACUCAUACCUCAAACACAGAUUGGUUGAAUCUUCCUAAGGAGCAGAAAGAUGAGGAGAUCUCUGCUUUUAUUCCUCGGAUUUUCCGAGAGAUAUGUGAAGAGACGGACAGGGAUAAGAGAGCAGAGAUGCUUCGGGAAACUCUCUCACUCAAGCAUCAACUGGAUACUGUGAACAACGCACGUGCGGUUGUUACAGAAGCCGAGGAGACGCUACGCAAGAAAAUGGAAAAGAAAGCCGUUGCGGAGCGAGCUCUAUACGAGAAGUUCCUUCAAGCUCGGACCAAAGUCGCCUCUUAG